UAUAUUGCUGGGUUUGUAGCGUCCCUGUAGCUGCACUGCACGUGGAAUCCAGUGUUUACUGCACUUGUCACUACCUCUAUUACUGCUAAACAACAUGCAGCAUGUUGGCUGUCACAGCAGCCUUCAGGGUCCCCUAGUUCAGCCCCAUGGCUGUGUCAUGAGUUAGAUUAGUUGGAAAUGCAGAGUGGGGCGGGCAAGGGCUUGGAUUACAGCUCCAUGCUCAAAGUGGUUCAGUGGUUUAUGCGUAUUUAUAAGAGAGUAAAAGCUUGGGGGGGAAAACCAUGGAAGAAAGAGAGAAAAAAUGCUGCUUUUGGACGUGAGAGGAAAAGGAUAAAGGAGUUUAGAAUCAUGGACUCCGAAUCACUGGACAGGUGCAUACAGAGUACCUUAUCAGUGCUCUACCCUCCGUUUGAGGCCACAGCAGCCACAGUUCUGUGCCAGGUUUUUGACGUGGUGGAGAAGACCUACCGCGGGGAUGGAUUGCGCUACCUCAUAGAUUUCCUGAUUCCAGCAAAGCACAUCUUGCAGUGCAUUCAGCAGGAUGCCUGUGUUCAGUACUGUGGAUUGCUGUUUCACCAUGAAGGCUGGCCUCUCUGUGUCCAUGAGAAGAUUAUAGUCCAGCUGGCCUCCAUAGACUGGCGAGUCUUAAAGCCCGGUGACUUCUACCUGCAGGUGGUGCCCUACCUGAAGAAGUCACCACGAAUAGUACUGAAAUGUUUGGCAAAUGACAAACAUAAUGUAGAGGAAGUUGUGGUCCCAGAGGUCUCCUACACCUCUAUUUUUUCUGUGGAAUGGUUGGAGACCAUCAAUGGAGAGCGGAUGGGUACAGCGCUGGAAAAUUGUUUACUAGCCUCUAAUGAUAAAAUAUUCCGGGUUCCUUGGGAUAAAGUCGUCAAUCCUGAAUUUAUUGAUAAACCAAAAAUAAUUGAAAAUAAUAUCACAGCUCUCAAAAUGACUGAAGAAUCUUCAAAUUUGUGCUUCCCAAUGGAGCAUCCCAAAUGCGAUUCACCUGCUCCUGGGCCUCAAGCUUCGCAGGAGCAAGAAAUGAUGCAGGACAAUUUGGUCAUUAGCAGGAUGACUCAGGAAUCAGCUGACUCCAUUGUCAAUGGUGUGAGUCCUGUGCCCCUGGAGGAUUCUGAAAGUGACCCUGAAGGAGAGUACGUAGAGCUGACAGACGUUUCACUGCCAAGAUUUGGGCCACAAGUGGGUUCCUUAACCCAAUCGAUAGCCUUAAAUUCUAGAACUCAACCCAGACCCAGAGUGAAUGUCUCUAAAGACAAACACAGGCUUACUGUCCUUCGGGACAGUAGCACAUGCUCAAAGAACUUGGUUUGUUCAGCACUUGUACAAAAGCAGCACAGUCAGAUGGACACAUCAAGGACCUCUUAUUCAGGGGCUCAUGAAAUUGUAAUUCAUUUGGAAAACAACAAAAUGAUGCGACAUGGUGAAUUGUUACCAGAAAGUCAGCUGGAAUCAAAUGAUCCUGGCAGUGUAGGGAAUUCAGACUCUAACUUUCACACUGCUGCAUCUCCAGCCAGCAAUGCAGAGAGUUCAUCCUCCGUGGGACAAGGGGCACACAGUGAGCACACGAUAGACUGGAGAUAUGCAAUGUGCAGUUACAAUGAUGUUUGUGCUGGAGACAGUGCUGAAUGCAAGGAACAAUUAAUAGAGACUCCUGGAAAAACAGACACUGAAAGCGAUGUCCGGGGGGCAGAAACUGGCAAAGAAACCAAAGAGCCGAGCCCAGAAGCCCUUCCGUUUAAUGCUGCUGCUAGGGAGGGAACGCAAAACCAAUUGAGAGCCCAUGAGGACAGUGACGGCACCAGGGUGUAUUUUUCUCCUGUUUCUGUCACAGGACAUGAGGAAGACUCUGGCAUUCAGAUUACAUCUGAAUCCUCACGUUUAACAGAACAAUGCUUCCGUUCAUCAGUGGAUGUGCCAGAUAGAAUUGUAGAACACAGUCAUUGCAGUAAUCCACUAGCAGAACUUAGUCCUCUGUUAAGUCAGCCUGCAAAGUUGAAGGGAGGACAAGCAGACCAGUUAGGAGAGUUAGGCAGUGGAGUUAGUGUAGAGGAAGUCUGCAAAGAGACUGAUGAACAAACAUUUACUGGGAACGAGAAGCAGAAUAGCCAUCCAUACUCCUCUGCUGUUGACAGGGGGAUGGAUGGAUACUUGUCACAGGACAAAGGACAGGAGGUCAUGGGCUAUACACAACAGAAAGUAGAAGAAGCCAAACUACUCCAAACCUCUGGGCUAAUAGAGAUCAGACAGACAGCAAAACAGUUAGAUAACAAGGGCACAAUGGUAGAUGAACAUAUAGAGAGUUCCUACCAAAUUGGAACCAAAAGGGAAAGAGAGAAAUGUGAGGAGAAACAAAACUGUGUGGAAAUCCAACGUCGCAAAAGUGUAGUGAACUCUGUGCUAUUGCAAACCCCAAGAGAAAGGGUUGGCCUGGAAUGUGUGGCGGGACAGGAUUUGCAAGAGGGUCCGGAGAACAAACAAGGUGCUCCUGAACAAGAGGGGUCAUGCAGAAGGACCAUCCCAAAGGCUGGGAAUGAGUCAGCAGCCUUGGAAACUCCAGACAUGCUGAAACCCAAAGCAAAGGAACUGGAGGCCACGCUGCCAUCUUCUCCACCUACUGAUGGGGAUGAUACUAAGAGGCCAAUGCAGUUGGCUGAAUGGAGCAAUACAAAACCCACCCCUUCCAAGCAGGAAGCAGCUUCUCAGGAUUCACCUUCUAAAGGAACACGGCUGAAAGGGGGAGAAAAGAUAAAAGAAGAAAUGUGUACAGAUUCGUGGGAGCCAGUGGGUCGAGUCUGUUCCCCAGAGGAAGGCUCAGCAGCUGUUACUCACCAGGAAUCCCCAUCUUAUGUGGCACCCAGAAGUUUUCAAACUGCACCUGUCACAGCAAAGGAGGUGAACCUCGAUGUACUCAUGAGUGGAGUUGCCUGUCUGCCAGGCACCAGAGACAAAUGUGGACGUGCAGUGGCCAUAAUCACCACAAGGAACACGAUUUGGCUAAACCCCCACUGCAACACCAACGAGCUGGUGCGCCUCCUCCUAUACUUACACAGCAUCCCAAGAGCAGAGUGCCGAGCUUUGGGCCUAACCAUUCUGGUAGAUGCUCGUCGCUGUUCACCAGUUCCUGCCCUUUUUAAGGCUUUCAGCUUAGUACAGGACAUGGUUGCUCAUUGUAUUCACGGAGUUCUGCUGCUUGUUGAAAGAGAGAUCACGUUUCGGAUGGAGAAGCCAACAGCGGUGCAGAUUGAACUUCUCACCUCAAUGAAGUCCCUCCACAAGCACAUAGACAGCACACAGCUGCCACUGGAAUUGGAUGGAGCCUUCCCUUACUGCCAUCGGGACUGGCUAAGCUUUCGCAUGAAACUGGAGCAUUUGCUACAAGGAUGUCAGGGCGCUUGUGCUUUCCUGCAGGGGGCCAUUCAGAGGAUGGAGUCUUGUAGAUUACCAGAAAGAGCUGAGGAGGCCGGUGUUUUGUUGAGGAAUUAUAGGCAAUUAAUGAAGAAUGUCCUUGAUGACACGCGGCUGGUUAAACUGCAGCUGGAGGGCGGAGCUCUUCUGGCUAGGCUGAGGAAGGAAGAGUCCUGUGUCACUGUCACUGAGGACUACAGAGAUGCUCUGGAUGCUGCUAGUACGCUUUAUAACCGAGUGGAUGAGGGCGUCCACCUACUGGUGAUGUUGUCAAACAAACGCAUCCAGGAGCUGGAGCUAGUGAUGGAAUUCGAGACUUCUGAAGAAUGUUUUAGGGAGGUCAGCACUUGGAUCGAGAAUGUUGGCAGGAAGCAGCUAAAGGAAAUGAUUGACCUGGACGAUUCUUUGGAGCUGCUGUUUCGAGCACAAAAGCAGUUCAGGGAAUUUGAUCUUGUUGCCAGUGAAUAUUGUAGAAGGGGACAGGAAGUGUUAAAGAAGCUGGACAGGUGGGAAGAUUUUUCCUCUGCAGACUUGCACGUUUAUGGACUCAAGCUGCAAACAUAUAGAAAUCAGCUGGAGGAGUUCUGCACCCGACUGGAUGACACCAGGAGUCGGAUUGGAGAGACAGUCAGGCUGUACGAAUUCUUCGACAAGGCGUACGAGUGGGCACUGGAGGGGAUGCGACACCUAGCCUGCAUCAGCAUGGAGGACUGCAACUCCCCAGAGCACUGUGCAGCCGCAAUCAAGUGUUUGGAAAGCUACAAGGGACAGCACCCGGAAAUCAGCGAUGUCAAAUUCCAGGAGAUGAAAGAGCUGGCCUGUGAGCUGAAGAGUGACAAAGGGCUGAAGCAGUGGAAAUUUGCAUGGUCCAAGUGCCAGGAGACAAAACUGGUCUUUGAGAAGAAGCUAGAAGCCGCCCUGAGAACACGAAAGUCUCUGCUCUCUGAGCGGAAGCCAGUGGCCUGCGAGGCUCCACGCGACAUGCCCGAGGACAAGCCAAACCUGGAGAGUAUUUUAGAAAUUCUUGAGGCAAAUUCAACCUGCUCCACUGGGUCCGCCUCCAGGAGGCCACCAUCCAAGAGGACGCUGAAAAAGGCCCAAAGCUUUGAUCUUCCCUGCAGCGAGAGCCUGCGGUCCAGCUGCCAGAGGACUCUGAGCGAGCCGGCCAGGUAUGGCAACACGGGAGUCUUCAUUAAGGGGCUGGAAGUGAGCAGCACAGAGCUCGCGGACAGGACUCACACAGCAUGGCAGCAAGUCGCUCACAGCUGGGCUGCACACUGCCUGCCAGAGGAGCAGAGGAGCUACAGCUCCACGCCAGAGGCCAAGAACCGGGGCAGCAAACUGCGGCACAUCAUAGACGAGAUGGUGACCACGGAGCGGGAGUAUGUGAGGUCUCUGUGUUACACCAUCGAGAGCUAUUUCCCCGAGAUGGAGCGCUUGGACCUGCCCCAGGACCUGAGAGGGAAGCGCAGUGUCAUUUUCGGGAACCUGGAGAAGCUCUACGACUUCCACAGCCAGUACUUCCUGCGGGAACUGGAGAGCUGCUGCAACCACCCGCUACGCGUCAGCCACGGCUUCCUCAGACAUAAGGAUCAGUUUGGGAUGUAUGCGUUAUACAGCAAAAACAAACCCAAAUCCGACUCACUGCUGGCCAGCCAUGGGAACACGUUCUUUAAGUUCAAGCAGGUGCAACUGGGGGAUAAAAUGGAUCUUGCCUCCUACCUGCUGAAACCCAUCCAGCGCAAUAAAUAUGCCCUGCUGCUGAAGGACCUGAUCAAGGAAUGCAGCGAGGCCCAGGAGCAGGAGCUGGACUACCUCCGAGCAGCAGAAGAGAUGGUGAAAUUCCAGCUUCGGCACGGCAACGACCUGCUAGCCAUGGACGCCAUCCGAGAUUGUGAUGUGAACCUCAAGGAGCAGGGGCAGCUGAUGCGGCAGGAUGAGUUCACCAUCUGGCUGGGCCGCAAGAAGUGCCAGAGACACGUCUUCCUGUUUGAGGACCUGAUUCUCUUCAGCAAGCCCAAGAGGAUCGAGGGAGGCUUCGACGUGUACAUCUACAAGCGCUCGUUCAAGACGGCAGAUAUCGGCCUGACGGAGAACACCGGGGACAGCGGCCUGCGCUUUGAGAUCUGGUUCCGACGGCGGAAGUCCAGCGAUACUUAUGUCCUCCAGGCCAGCACAGCGGAGACCAAGCAAGUCUGGACCAAGGACAUUGCCAAGAUCCUGUGGCAGCAGGCCACCCGCAAUAAAGAAAUCCGCAGGCAGGAGAUGGUGUCCAUGGGGGUAGGGAACAAGCCUUUUCUCGACAUCACGCCCAGCGAGGCAGCUAUCAAUGACCGUGCCAUCGAUUACAUCAUGAAGGGCAGAGGAGCUCGGACGAGGGCCUCCAUCGCGGUGUCUCUGUUUGACCACUCCAACCCCUACAAGAGAACUCAGACGCCUCUCUCUGCUGGCAGCACCCCCUCCGCCUACAGCCCUUCAUCUUCCUCCCUGCUCGGGCCCCUCAACCUGCACAUGUACCUGGAGCAGGCCCUGCUGCCGGGUGUGCUGGCCCCCGGCCGCCCUUUCCACGCCAACACCUGCAUCGAGGAAGAUGAGCAGGAGCAUGAGACCAGCAGCCAGCCUUCGCUGACGACAGAAAGCUCCGAGUCUUCCCAGUGCAUGUCAGGCAGCGGCUCCAGUGGCUCCGACAGUGGCUGUGUCUCCAGCGUCCCCCAGGAAAGCUUCUGUGACGACGUGGGCUCGCCGGCGUACAUGCCGCUGGGCUCCCGGCACAGCUCUACACUCACCUCCCCACUGGACGAGAACCCCAACUUCACUAAACGCCAGUACAGGUCUGCGACAGCAGGCCCGGUCACCGUGAGCCCCUCGACAGUUGUGUGAGCCCCUCUGCACCAAGUGUUCUGCCUCAAGGCGCAGAGCUGUCUGAUCACUGGUUCCAUUGAACCCAAGGAAGAGUCCACAUCUCUGACCGGCACAAGGAGACUGGAGAUGUUCAAGCACAACCACAGGCUCGUCAAACCAAUCCAGCACUGGCACUUGGCUGGGGAGCGCCCCCGAUUAGUGCCCUGUUAACUAGACACCAUCGCUGGUGUGUUGGAGGGGCAGUUAGUCCUUUAUUUAUAAAUGUAUUAACACGUAAUAUAGCAAUUUGCAAAGAUAGAGUAUUUUGAAAGCUCUGGACUGUACAGAUUUUGUUACUCGUUUUGUUCUUUGUGCUACCCAGUUUAUAACGUUUAUGGAAGGGCUUGAGGAGGAAACGAACGAGGUAUUUAAUAAAAGUAGCAUCACUUUCCAUUUGGGCUGUGUGCUGCACUGCAGUGCGAGAUCUACGGCCUCCCUUUUGGUUUAGAUUGGCUAGUGGAGUGAUAAUUUAUUUCCUUGGCUUAACACUUUUGUUUUAAUAAACCCAGGUUCAUUGUUACGUCAGGUGCUUGCAGUACUGAGCUGCUCCCUGCCUUAGCACCACUAUGAGCUGGCAGUGUCUCCACUGCUGGGAAGAUUGACACCUGAACCCUGCAAACCAGACCUCCCACUGGCAGCAGAGGUGAUUCCCAGGGCAGAGGUGGGGAAGCCCCACACCGCAGCGAUGCCAGAGCAGGGCAAAGGCGACAUCAGUGGGAGCAGCCCUGCAGAAUCCAGCAGGACAACCCAGAUAUGCUCUCCUGGCUCGGCAGCACAUCUGGUUCGAGAGAAGAAGGGACCUGUUCAUGCUGUCCAGGCCCAACUUAGUUGCUGUCUUUGUGGCAGACCUCACAGGCGGCAGCCUGGCCCUGCUGCUAAAAUCAGCCCAGUGUCUAAGGGCAUGAGGCAUAAGUGUCAAAGUCAGCAGUGUGGAGAGGCUGUUCAGAAGGAAAGGGGGCGUGCCCAGUGUGGCUGCGGGGGGAAUGGAGGGAUGAUGCCCUGGUCUGCCUUUGCCAUUAGCUCAGCAGAUAUUGUGUGUUCUAGGCUCAUUCAGAUACCCAGCCCCAGCACGUGGUGGUGGUAAUCAAAGUCGCACUGACCAGAGCCCAUGGCUGAGCACAGCAGCUACGGAGUGUGUUGAGCCCGGAUUAUUAUGCCACUGAAACAGUCAAGGCCCCAGCUUUAAUGUAGUGUAAUUCCAGUAGACACACACAUUUGCCUGUGUGUGAUGUGCCCCUUAGGACAGUUUGAGCUCUUUGAUAAGCGCGCUCAGGAAAGUUUGACUUAACUGACACCGCAAGGGCUUGUUUGGCUUGGAAUCCUUUCAUUUAACAUGUAGUAGGGGAAAUGCAAACCUGCUGGCUGAGAGCAUGUUUACUUAGGGCUUCUUCAAGUGCUGCAAACCUUUAGCCCCCAGCUUUUGCACCAGUACACACACCACACUUGGCCUUAAUAAUAGUAGGGAGCAGCAACUGUGUAACUAGUUUCUCUGCAUAGCUGCUGGUUUGGGUCCAUUCACAGGCCAGUGCUUUCUAGGCUUAUAAAUGCUAAUCCUCAUAGGCACACAUUUAGCCUUUGCAAUUAGCCCUGUUCCUUUUCGAUCAGAAAUGUACAUAGGACACUUCUUUGAUGUUCCAUUAAUAAAUUGAUACUUUUUCAGUCUUACUUCUUUUUAGAAGCCAAAAUGGAAGAUGACUGACAUUUUUGGUACAAUAAUGCUUGGUGAACAAUUGGCCAGGGACGAUUUUAAAACCCGUUGGGUAAAAAUCUCUAGCUAAUUCUAAGCUUUGUGCCUCAACAUAGUGCUAGCGAAUACCACUAACGAGGGAAAGACUUUACCAACAAACCAAGGGGGACAUGGAACUACCAUUGUGACCAAUUUCUGAAAUUCCUGUUACAGAGGUUUCUGCAUUGCUGGAAGAAUCUUUAGAAAUGGUCAGAUGCCACCUGGUUUUCCAGGAUUUGAUUUCACAACCUAAUAAAGGUUAUUUUCUUUGUA